CCGGCGGCGGCGGCGGCGCUCGGUCCGUGCGGGGUGAGGCGAGACGAGACGAGGCGAUGCGGGCAGCGCUGAUACCUGCUGUCAGAGCCUGGUGGAGGCUGAAGGAUACAUUUGAGUCAGGACUGCCUCUCACAAGAUAUUGACCUGGAAGCAUGAUCAAAGGAGAAGGGAGAGGACUACAAAGGAGUAUUUAUUCUGAUUGUACAUGGUUCCCAUUUUAAAAGCUAUUGGAAGACACUCUGCCACCCUCUUGGAUUACUUCCCAUACGACUCAGCAUGUCACUGUGCCCUGGAUUUUACAAGGUGGCCAUGAUUUAAUCCCCACUUCCCACUCCUAUGUAUUGGUGAAGCACUGGAGCUCUUUUGAGCUGCUGUUACUCGCGUGGGAACUGAUUUGUCUCCAAUCCCUUCUCCCAAGGACUAGACAUUGCCAGCAAUGAGCUCCCAAAGCCAUCCAGAUGGGCUUUCUGGCAGAGACCAGCCAGUGGAGCUGUUGAAUCCACCUCGAGUGAACCACAUGCCGAGCUCUGUUGACGUGAGCACAGCCCUGCCCUUGCAAGUGGCGCCGAGCUCGGUGCCCAUGGACCUGCGGCUGGACCACCAGUUCUCCAUGCCGGUGACGGAGCCCACGCUGCGGGAGCAGCAGCUGCAGCAGGAGCUGCUGGCCCUCAAGCAGAAGCAGCAGAUCCAGAGGCAGAUCCUGAUCGCAGAGUUCCAGCGGCAGCACGAGCAGCUCUCUCGGCAGCAUGAGGCGCAGCUGCACGAGCACAUCAAGCAGCAGCAGGAGAUGCUGGCCAUGAAGCAUCAGCAGGAGCUGUUGGAGCACCAGAGGAAGUUGGAGCAGCACCGGCAGGAGCAGGAGCUGGAAAAGCAGCACCGAGAGCAGAAACUGCAGCAGCUGAAAAACAAAGAGAAAGGGAAAGAGAGUGCAGUGGCAAGCACAGAAGUGAAGAUGAAAUUGCAGGAAUUCGUGUUAAACAAGAAGAAGGCUCUGGCCCACCGGAAUCUCAACCACUGCAUAUCCAGCGACCCUCGCUUCUGGUACGGGAAGACCCAGCACAGCUCUCUGGACCAGAGCUCCCCACCCCAAAGCGGCGUCUCCGGCACCUACAACCACCCAGUCCUGGGCAUGUACGAUUCCAAAGACGACUUCCCACUCAGAAAAACAGCCUCUGAGCCCAACCUGAAGCUGCGCUCCAGACUAAAGCAGAAGGUGGCUGAGAGGAGGAGCAGUCCCCUCCUGCGCAGGAAGGACGGGCCCGUGGUGACGGCGCUCAAGAAGCGCCCGCUGGACGUCACAGGUACGGCGGACUCUGCAUGCAACAGUGCUCCUGGAUCUGGUCCCAGCUCUCCGAACAACAGCUCCAACAACAUCAGCACCGAGAAUGGAAUUGCAGGAUCAGUCACGAGCAUCCAGGCAGAGACCAGCCUGGCUCACAGGCUCGUGAACCGCGAGGGCUCCGUGACACAGCUCCCACUCUACACCUCGCCCUCCCUGCCCAACAUCACGCUAGGACUGCCUGCCACCGGCCCUUCCAGCGCGGGACAAGCGCAGCAGGACGCGGAGAGGCUCGCAAUCCCAGCCUUACAGCAGAGGAUCUCCUUAUUCCCUGGCACUCACCUCACUCCCUACCUGAGCACUACAACGUUGGAGAGGGAUGGGGGAACUGCACACAACCCUCUCCUGCAGCACAUGGUCCUACUGGAACAGCCAACUGCACAAACGCCCCUGGUCACAGACUGGUAUCUUUCAGGACUGCCCCUGCACGCACAGCCCCUGGUGGGUGGAGACAGGGUCUCCCCUUCGAUCCACAAGCUGCGGCAGCACCGCCCGCUCGGGCGCACCCAAUCUGCUCCCCUGCCCCAGAACGCCCAGGCCCUGCAGCAGCUGGUGAUCCAGCAGCAGCACCAGCAGUUCCUGGAGAAACACAAACAGCAGUUCCAGCAGCAGCAGCUGCACAUCAACAAGAUCAUCUCCAAGCCCACUGAGCCGGCGCGGCAGCACGAGAGCCACCCCGAGGAGACGGAGGAGGAGCUGCGGGAGCACCAGGCGCUGCUGGAGGAGCCCUACGGCGAGCGGGCCACGGGCCAGAAGGAGCCCGCGGGGCUGGCCAGCGUGGUGCAGGUCAAGCAGGAGCCCAUCGAGAGCGACGAGGAGGAGGCAGAGGCGCAGCAGGAGCUGGAGCCUGGGCAGAGGCAGGCGGAGCAGGAGCUGCUCUUCCGCCAGCAAGCCCUGCUCCUGGAGCAGCAGCGGAUUCACCAGCUGAGGAACUACCAGGCGUCGCUGGAGGCAGCUGGCAUGCCCGUGUCCUUCGGGGGACACCGGCCCCUGUCCCGGGCACAGUCCUCCCCUGCCUCAGCCACUUUCCCCAUGUCCGUGCAGGAGCCACCCACUAAGCCAAGGUUCACAACAGGCCUUGUGUACGACACCUUGAUGCUGAAGCACCAGUGCACCUGUGGAAACACCAACAGCCACCCUGAGCACGCAGGCAGGAUCCAGAGCAUCUGGUCCAGGCUCCAGGAGACGGGGCUGCGGGGCAAGUGUGAGUGCAUCCGUGGCAGAAAGGCGACGCUGGAGGAGCUGCAGACGGUUCACUCGGAAGCCCACACGCUGCUCUAUGGCACAAACCCCCUGAACAGGCAGAAACUGGACAGCAAGAAGCUUCUAGGUUCCCUAACGUCGAUGUUUGUCAGGCUGCCUUGCGGUGGUGUCGGGGUCGACAGUGACACCAUUUGGAACGAGGUGCACUCGUCAGGCGCCGCUCGCCUGGCCGUGGGCUGUGUCAUCGAGCUGGUGUUCAAAGUGGCCACAGGAGAGCUGAAGAAUGGAUUUGCUGUUGUCCGGCCCCCAGGUCACCACGCAGAGGAGAGCACACCCAUGGGUUUCUGCUAUUUUAACUCCGUGGCAAUCGCAGCCAAGCUGCUCCAGCAAAGGCUUAACGUGAGCAAAAUCCUCAUUGUGGACUGGGAUGUCCACCAUGGGAAUGGUACUCAGCAGGCCUUCUACAACGACCCCAAUGUCCUUUAUAUCUCACUCCAUCGCUACGAUGAUGGCAACUUCUUCCCAGGCAGUGGCGCUCCAGAUGAGGUUGGCACAGGAGCAGGAGUUGGUUUCAAUGUUAACAUGGCAUUUACUGGUGGUCUGGAUCCGCCCAUGGGAGACACGGAAUACUUAACUGCCUUCAGGACAGUAGUGAUGCCCAUUGCCAACGAGUUUGCCCCAGAUGUUGUGCUGGUGUCAUCUGGUUUCGAUGCUGUGGAAGGGCACCCCACACCCCUGGGAGGAUAUAAUCUGUCAGCAAAAUGCUUUGGGUACCUGACGAAGCAGCUGAUGGGCCUGGCCGGGGGCCGUGUCGUGCUGGCCCUUGAGGGUGGCCACGACCUCACGGCCAUCUGCGACGCCUCGGAAGCUUGUGUGUCUGCCCUGCUGGGAAACGAGCUUGACCCUCUUCCAGAGAAGGUUUUCCAGCAGAGAGCAAAUGCUAAUGCAGUGCAUUCCAUGGAGAAGGUCAUCGAGAUCCACAGCAAGUACUGGCAUUCCCUCCAGCGUUUCGCCUCCACGGUGGGAUAUUCCCUGGUGGAGGCCCAGAAGUGCGAGAACGAGGAGGCGGAGACAGUGACAGCCAUGGCAUCGCUGUCGGUGGGUGUGAAGCCAGCGGAGAAGAGACCUGAGGACGAACCCAUGGAAGAGGAGCCUCCCCUGUAGCACCCACCUUUGAGCUGGAGUUCUCCUGUCUGUUCGUCUUCGUCUUGAAGCUCUGCCAAGAAGCUUUCUCUUGUUACUCCUGCGUCCUGUCACGGUUAUUUCCCGAACACGGAAGGACAGCCAGGUGUAAAGCAAAGCAAGCGACACAAAAAACAAAUCUCUCUGCAUCUUUGAGUCUCUUUUUGCUGAAAAAAAAACGCUGGUGAAGAGCAGCAAAGGACUGACACGUUGGGCACUCUUCCUCUGGUCCUCACCGGGAGCAGAAAGAGGAACGAUGCCUGGGAAGUCUUUGGCAGAGUUGCCAAACAAAAACGAAACGCGAGAAUGAUAAAGAAAUCAAAGAUUCAACAACACAAAUCAAACAAACCUUAACAUAAAACUGGUGCUUACAAAGUUGAUUACCCACAACUGAGCAAUCUCCGCUUGAACCACUCAACCCAUUGUGUACUUUCAUUUCUUGGAUAUUUGGAAAUGGCUCUUGCCUGCCUGUGAGUCAGCAACAGCUCUUGUCGGAACUGGAACGUUGGGAGAUGAUGGUGAAUUUUUAACAGGGAGGGACAGGGAACGAGGGACUCAUCUGACACCUAAAGAAAAGGGAAGCAGAAGGGGGGAACAGUAGCCCAGAUGGAGUCGGCUUUAUUGUCUCCAAAGCCAUCUGAAGAUGAGUUUGUGCCUUUUUUUUUAAUUGAUGGAUUUGGUGCAGCUGGAUUUUCUGAAGUUUGAGGAACAAUGCCUUAAGUAAAAAUUAAUUAAAAAAAACAAAACACACACAAAAAAAAAAAAAAAAAAAAAAAAAAAAAAAAAAAAAAAAAAACCACAGCAGUUCCUGAAUAUUUUUCCUCUGGUUGGGAAAGCCAAGGACUGCCAUCAGGAAGGAAGACUUUUUGGCUUGUGCUGGCAUGAUGGUGGGAAGCAGGCAUCAGCUGAGCAGAGCGUCUCCAAAAACUGUCGACAAGUUUAGAUUUGUUUUGUUUUCUUUCAUUGCUGUUUCAGAGAAAAGGAAAAAAGAAAAAAAAAAUUAAGGUAGUUGCCAAAAAAGUGGCAAAUACUGUUGGGUCUUUGAAAUUCAACCAUUUUUAACAACCAAUUUUCAAAUGUUUUGUCUCUCUUCUACAUUAUCUAGCAAUUGAACUUAUCAAUUUGGUUGUUGAAGCAUGUAUUAGACACAAAUGCAGGUUUUAAGACUGGAAUGCUUUUUAUUAAAAGCAACUAGCAUGAGAUAUUGCUUAAAUUGUUAGGUAUAAAUAUAUAUAUGUGUAUAAUGUAUAUUCCAAAUGUAUUCCAAGCUUAGAAACCGGAUUCCUAUGAAUUAUUGAGAAAAAUAUUUAUGAUGCAUUUAUAGAAAAAAGAAAACAAAUAUAUGUAAUAAAUGCAUACUCUAACAGUAGCCAUUGAAAGCUCCCUAGGGACGGAUUUGGGAAUUGGAACGUCAAAGGUGCUUUUGGAAAAGGAUCUAGGUUGAAACUCGAGGACUUUCAGGCGACAGGUUGGGAAGUUUUUCAGAAAGCCAACACUUUAGCCACUGGGCAACUACCCUAAACAUUUGUAUUUUAAUUUAAGGUUUUUUGUUGUGAUCCUUUUCUAACAAACAUGAGAAAAAAAAGAGUUUUUUAUAGCAAAGACGCUGAAUUUGCUGUUAAUUUUUAUAUGGAUAUUUCCCAAAACCCUCCGGAAGCCUUGUUUGUGUGACUCUGACAUUUCUUUUCCAUUUGGCAGGUUUCCUUUCUGAACGGCAAUAGCAUCUAAACCUUUCUUCUUCCCUCUUUUCUUGCUUAUAAUACAUGGGUUUUCCUUUUUUUUUCUUAUUUUAUUUUUUUUUUCUCUGUAUUGUUUUCUCUCCUUUUCCUCAACUCUUUUGUACAGUGAGCAGCUUUCUGCAGGUGUAAGGAACUGUGGGCAGACCAACAGAGGUUGUUUUUUUCCGGGAAAGGGCGCAUUUUACCGAGGAGGAGGAUGAGGGACCGCGAUGGGCUCCUUUGUUGUACCGAUUCCGCCGACUGUAUAUUUCCUCAGCUCUCUUGUAGUAGCUCUGUAAAGAAAAUAAGGAAUUUUCUUACCUGGUAGUGUUCAGUGGGCAAUGCCUUUGUCCUGCCCGCGGCUCCUGGCGCUGCCUACCCUCGGGAAGGCUCCUUGGAUACUCCGGGACCGCCGGCGUUUUCUCUCCGCCGGACAUGCCCGCAAACUCCCCAGCUCCUCUCUCCCUCUUUUUCUCCCCUCUUCUUCUUCUUCUUCUUCCUGAUGCUGGGAGGGGUUUUGGAGGCUUUACUUUUUUUGCCCCCCGCCACCCCGAGGAGGUCAUUGCCUCCAGGGAAUGCCGGGUGGGAGAGGCCGCGAGCCCCGUCACGGAGAGCGGAGUGUCUUCGCAAAGACGGCGCUCCCCGCGUGCCUUCCUCCGGCAGUGUAGGACAGCACAUCCCUCUUCCCAGCACAGCUUCUCCUUAACCGCCCUUCCUUCAUUUGUCCUGUUCCCAUGGUGACUGGUGGGGUUGCUUCCAGUAACUUCUCUUCUUUCCAGUUCUCGAAGCAGCCGCUUUCGUUCCGUUCAGGACUCACUCGUGUGAGGAAUCGGGAGCAUGACCCCCCGCUGGAGGCUUUUGUUUCCUUCCUCGAUUUCUAGCGCAGUUUCAGAACCAGACACUACAGUAUUUGAGUUGUGCAAACCCAAGUACGUCCUAAAACCCCAAAAAGCUCCAGUGGCAAGGCCUGUCCUUGGCAUAUCCUAAAAAUCCCCCCGUGUGAGAGCACUGCGUACCCGGGGAUGUUGUGGUUUGGGUUUUCUUCCAUCUGACCACGCUGCUGCUGUGAUCUCAAAUCCAUCUGACUGCCGAAUUUGGUGACAGGUGUGAGGUUUUGCUUCCUGUGCCAUGGGCAGUGCCUGUGUUUACACCUCCCUUUGUGUUGUCAGCUCUUCCCUGGAAGGUUUUUGACAUUUCUGCUCCCGGCUGUGGCAAAGCUUUUUCCUUCCUUUUUGCUCUCCCGGGAGCCGCCGGCUGACUGUGCUGAGCCGGUUCCUUUGGAAAAUCCGGAGGAGCUUGUUGGGAUGCCACCUUCCUUCCUUCCUUCCUUCCUUCCUUCCUUCCUUCCUUCCUUCCUUCCUUCCUUCCUUUCCUUCCUUUCCUUCCUUUCCUUCCUUUCCUUCCUUUCCUUCCUUUCCCUCAGCUUUUUGCCGGGAUGGGAAGAUUUUUCCCGAGAUGACAGAGCUCGUCUCCUCCAAACUCCCGGCACUGUGGAUUUGUUUCGCAGCAUCCCCCUUUUCCCUGGGAACGCUCUUCCCUGGGCUGUGACCUUCCCUGGGGAUGCUCUUCCCCGGGGAUGCUUUCCAGGGCCAGUGCAGGCACGGAGAGAAAGGAGAGAGCCCUUGUUUUGAGGCUCUCCAGGGGGAUUUUUCACCUUUUUGAGCCAUUAAGCUUCUUCAUUUCAGAUGACUUUGCCACGGGGGCGGCCAUGCCAGUGCGGUGGGAGCCCGGGAUGCUCCCACAUCCCGGCACGUGCUGCCCAGGGCAUCCUUUGUACCUGCUUGGGAAGAAAAGGAACAUCUUUCAAUCCUCUUUACAGUGAAGUGAGGCCCAGUUUGCAGUACACAAGUAACCAUUGGGGGUUUUUUGGUUGGUGUUUUUUUUGUUUGGUUGAUUGUUUUUUUGUUGGGAUUUUUUUUUACUUUCGAUACAAAACAUUCCUUUUUUUUAUUAGUCACGGUCAUGUACUCAUUCCAUUCUUCCUUUUGUAAACUUUUUUGGGCCCAUGUUCUUUUACGGGCAUUGAUAUAUAUAAAUAUAUAUAUAAAUAUAUAUGAAUAUAUUUUUUUAAGUUUCCUACACCUUGAGGUUGCAUGGUCUGUAAGGUUGGCAUGUCUUUAUAUUGUAUACAGAUUUUGCACGCCAAACUUGGCAGCUUUGAAAACGAUAAUGAGAAAAAGAAAACAAAAACAACAAAAAAAAAAAAAGAGGUGGUUUGGGGUUUCUUUGGGUUGGUUUUUGUUUUGGUUUGGUUUUAUAUUGUUUUGGUUUUUUUUUUCCUCUCGUGGCAUUUGUGGAGACUAAAGGUUGGGAUGUUGUUGUCACACACACUCACUCACCCACACAGCUACACACCAAGGAAGAAGAGUGGGAAUUCUUUUUUUUAUUUUUUUGGAGUCUUACUGAACUUAAUAAGAAGAAAUUGUGCUUUUUAUUGUUAAAAAGAGUAAAUAAAUAAAAAAAAAAACAAAAAGGACUACUUAAACAUUUCUCAUUUUAAGAAGAAAAGAAAAAAACUAAGACGUUUAUCUAGCACUUGUGACUUACCAAUAAUAGAGUUUAUUGUAUUUAUGUGGAAACAGUGUUUUUAGGGAAACUAUGCCGAACACACCAAGUAAACUGCCUGUGUCAUUAUUAUUAUUGUUAUUAUUAUUAUUUUCCUUUGGGUUGGUGUUUUUGCUUUGAUUUCUCGGCUGGGUGGGGAGGUUGGAUGCAACCCUUGUGUCAACACACAGAGUCAUUCAUUCCGAGGAGCUGGACGGAUGGAUGGAUGGAUGAGGAGGACUUUAAAGAGUUAACUCUUCAGCACAGCUGCGUUAACUUUUUUAAGAAAUUACUUUUACAUGAUGUAUUUUUGCUCGGUUUCACUUUAAGCAGUCGUGUACUGUGCAACACUGUGGUUUAAAAACGAGACUUUACAGCAAAAGGCAAAACGUGUUUCUUCAUUGUCAUGAAGUUGGGCUCGUUCUCAGCUCAUCUUCACUUUGUCUUUGAUAUUGAUGAUGAAAAAGAAAAAAAAGUAUCCUAUUGAAAGAAAAUAAAUUAACACUUUUUCUGUGCUCCAUAGUGGAGGCGCUAUUUUCCAAUUUAUGAGGAUGACAAACUUAUAUAUAUAAUAUAUAUAUAAAAGUGGGGGUGGGGAGGGGGGGGAGGGGUUGAAACAUUAUUCACCCGAGAGCUUAUUACAGAUAUGUAGUAUCAAAAAGUUGUAACGAUAUUAUAUUCUACUUUAUACCUAUACAUGCUCAGUAUGACGUCACCAUUGGUAGCAGCUACCGGUUUACGCUGUAAUUUAGACACAAUUUCACUCUUCUUGUAUGGACCCUACUUUCAGUGAUGGUAGCAUUCUUUGUGCUCAACUUUCCGACGGUCCUUUCUUUUAAACUGGUGGAGUUGGAAUAUUUUUCUCGUUCUUGUUUUUUCUUUCUUUGUUUUUAUUUUAUUUUUAUUUCUUUUCUCUUUAUUUUGUUUGGGGUUUUUUUUCUUUUUUUUUUUCUUUUCUUUUUUUUUUACUGGCCAAUGGUGUCUUUCUCUGACAGUACCGACUUCAAUUUCAACUUUAUUAGGAGUCCAGUAUUUUGUACCACAUUAUGACAACUUGUUAUUCUUGUGGUGUAAAUAAAAGAAAAAAGUUAAUUAUAGUA